AUGCUUUUAGUAACUAGUUUAAACAUCUUCUGCACCCUCACCUUAUCUGCAACACCAACCGAUUCCACCACCGAUCAAGAUGCUCUACUUGCGUUAAAAAAUGCCAUCACUGUCGACACAAAUGGUGUGUUGAGCAACAGCUGGCUCACCAACUCUUCCAUCUGUGAAUGGGCUGGUGUCACCUGUGGCGUCAAACACCACAGGGUCACGGCCAUCAACCUCUCCAACUUCGCCCUCCACGGAAAGCUCACUCCACAUCUGGGAAACCUAACGUUUCUCCAGACCUUGGACGUCAGCUCCAACAACUUCACAGGCGUCUUACCUACUGAGCUGUCUAAACUACAUCGUCUGAAGCAUGUAAACGCGACAUCUAACAACUUCACUGGAGAAAUACCAAGAGGUAUUCUUACAAACAUGUCUUUAUUGGAAGACAUUGAUCUGAGGGUUAACAACCUAUCAGGCGCGCUCCCAAGUGACAUAUGCAAUAAUACUCCGAAACUGAAGAUAUUAAUUCUCAGAGAGAAUCUAUUAUAUGGAAAAAUUCCAAGGAAUAUAUAUAAGUGCAGCGAGUUGCAGAAGCUGAGCUUAUCGGUGAAUAUGUUCAAUGGAAACAUACCAACCCAAGUUGGAAAUCUUAGUAGGCUUACGUAUUUAUCUAUAUAUUAUAACAAUCUCCAAGGAAAUAUUCCAUCUUCUAUUUUCAACGUUUCACGGUUGGCAUUCAUAUUACUCAGUGCCAAUAAACUGUCUGGAAGAAUACCAACAAAUUUGGAAAAUUUACGCAACCUCCAAAUGUUGUAUCUUAACAAGAACAACUUAACAGGUGACAUACCAAGACAAAUCGGGAACCUCUCUUCAUUAUUAGUGUUGAAUCUUGCUUUUAAUAAGUUGGCAGGUGAAAUACCAAGACAAAUCGGGAGCCUCUAUCAUAAGUUGAAUCUUGCUUUUAAUAAGUUGGCAGGAAGUAUCCCGUCUUUUAUCUUCAACGUUUCCUCGCUAGAAUCCAUAGACCUCGCGUUCAAUAAACUAUGUGGAAGCAUACCCACAAAUUUGGACAAUAUACUCAACCUCCAAGAGUUGUAUCUUAGCAGCAACAGUUUAACAGGCGAAAUUCCAAACUCUAUCACCAAUGCUUCUCAGCUUACUGCUAUAGACUUUAGCAGUAACUCAUUCACUGGUCCCAUCCCCGACUUCGGUAAUCUUAGCCAGCUGCAACUCCUUGAACUCAGUGAAAAUAAUCUGACCGGAGUAGAAUCGUCAAAUCAAGAAUUGGGAUUUCUCUCUUGUUUAGCAAGCUGCCGAAAUUUGGAGAUCUUGGAUAUUAGUAACAAUCCGAUGAUGAAUGGUAUCCUUCCAGCUUCCAUUGGGAACUUGUCUACUUCCCUUUCCACCUUUGAAGCAUCUAACUGCAGCAUCAGAGGUAUAAUUCCUCCUGAUAUUGGAAAUUUGAGGAAUUUGGAAUUUGUGGAUUUGUCCAAGAAUCAACUCACAGGAUUCAUCCCAACUACAAUUCCAAUGGGUUGUAGUCUUGAGUCACUCGACUUAAAUGCUAAUAAGUUGGCAGGAUCAUUACCCCAACCCCUUUCCAAUUGUGAAAGUCUGCAAGUUCUUGACAUUGGAAACAACAGAAUACAAGACACCUUUCCAGUUUGGACAGGAAAUCUCACUGAUCUUCGCGUCCUCAUAUUGAGAUCCAACAACUUCAGCGGUACUAUUUCUUCUCUCACUUCCAAGGCUACACUUCCAUUCCCUAACCUCCAAGUUUUUGAUAUAUCACAUAAUGCAUUCACUGGAAAUCUGCCCCGUGAUUAUUUGAGGAAUUUCAAGGCGAUGAUAGAUACACGUGUGAAUCAUCGAGGAGAACAAGACCAGUCUCCAUUGUAUACAUAUUCAAUGACAUUAACAGUGAAAGGUUUGGAACUAGAAUAUGUUACAAUUUUGAAAGUCUUCACAACAAUCGACAUGUCAUCCAACAGAUUCACCGGGAGUAUCCCAAACACCAUAGGAAAUUUGAAUUCCUUGAUACAUCUGAAUCUGUCUCACAAUUGCCUCACAGGAGGUAUACCUGCAUCUCUUGGAAACAUGACAGAACUUGAGUCGUUGGACUUGUCUUCAAACCGAUUGAAAGGGGAAAUUCCAACAGAGCUAACAAAGCUCACAUUUCUUGCUGUGAUGAACCUUUCUAUGAAUAAUCUAUCAGGGAAGAUACCCCAAUCCAAUGGCCAGUUUUCCACAUUUGAAAAUACAUCAUAUGUUGGGAAUUCUGGACUACGCGGAUUUCCUUUAUCAUGGAAAUGUGAAGAGCCUUCGCCUCCAGUGAUGCUGGAAGAAGAUGAUCAUGAUUAUGGUAUUCUAAAUGGAUUCUGUUGGCAGGCAGUUGUUUCUGGCUAUGGAUGUGGAUUCGUAAUCGGUGGUAUUAUUGGUUGCCUGAUUCUUGGAUAUGGAAGGCCUAAAUGGUUGUUGGAAUGGAUCUACGGAUUUUACAAGAUAAAGAUGAGAAGCCGAAGAGGAAAUUUGGCACCACAAAGAAAAAGAAGAAGAUAAGAAGGUUGAGCCUUUGAUGUUGAAUAAUGGCCAUUGUAG